AUGGUGGAGCUACCGUCUAGCUAUGACAUGGCUGAACGACGCAUGAUCUGCCUCGAGCGAAAGGUACGGAAACAUCCGGAAUUACAGGCGAGUUUGGAGAAGCAGAUAGCCGAAUUUCAGACCAAAGGAUAUGCUAACAAAGCAACGUCUCAGGAGCUGGAAGAAAGCGAUCCGCAUCGAACGCCUAGGACUACUUUUGGGAACAUCAGCUACUGUGAAUACCGGGGUGUUCGAUAUGGGAAGUCAACAGCCGGAGAAGGCAGAUUUCAGCCACCCACGCUUCACGAACCCAACGGCCGUGAGGACUAUUUAAGACAAGGAAAUGUGUGUCCUCAGUUGGACGAUAUCAACUAUCCUUCGGUAGUUCUGGGUGACGAAGACUGUUUGUUUCUCAAUGUAUACAGUCCGAUGGUGAUUGAUGGCGGGAGCUACUUGCAUCCUGUUUUGGUAUUUAUCCACGGAGGAAGUUUUACCUUCGGUUCAGGUGGUUACGAUGUUCAUGGAGUGGAUCUUCUGAUAGAAAAUGAAAUCGCAGUCGUCAGCAUCAACUACCGUUUGGAUGUAUUGGGAUUUCUUCGGUAUCCAAGAUUCAACAUCACAGGUAACUACGGCCUGUUGGAUCAACUCACUGCCCUCCGGUGGAUCCACAAAAACAUCCAAGAGUUCGGUGGGGAUCCAAAUCGAAUCACCUUGAUGGGCCACAGUGCCGGUGCCACGUCAAUCAACUAUCAUAUGUAUUCGACCCACUCCAAGGGCUUAUUCCAGCAGGCAAUACUCUCGAGUGGAACUUUUCUCAUGCCACAUGCCUAUUCUUAUGAUCCGGAGAAAUACGCUGAUUAUUACUUUGGACUGUUGGGUAUUUCCACACGUGAGCAGUUAUUGAAUCGUUCUCUAGGCGACUUCUUCAUUCUGAAUGACACCACCCGACUUCUCGGAACGGUUUUCGCCAGUAUGCAGUUCCCCUGCUUCAUACCGACUGCCGAUGGAACCUUCAUCACCGAUGCCCCGCAUCGGUUGAUUCUGGAGAAACCAAUUAGCAACGACAUCCCUCUGCUAGUUGGAACGACAUCGACGGAGUUUGAGCUACUGUUGGAUUAUGUUAAAGGAUACUUUUCUUGGGAUUUGAAUUUCCCCAAUAGAAAUAACGAAGCGCUGCUAAGCUACAUCGACACUGAAAUAAAAGUGAUGGCAAAACAUUUAAAGGAAACCGGCUUGGUAACGGAACAAUCGGAGUUUUUCCGUCAGCUAGCCAACUAUGCAAACAUGGAUUUCCCUGUGCAGAAUUUUAUAGAACAGAUCAGCGAACGAACGGCUCCAAUCUUCCGAUAUCGGUUUGAGUUUGAUGGAAAAUUCGGUUGGUACAAGAAUGUAUUAUACCGAGGUCGGUUGAAUGUGUCACCGCCGGGAGUGGUGCACGGUGACGAUUUGGGUUAUAUUUUCACGCCUUACAAUGUACAAGAGGCACUAAGGCAUCCGGAGGAGUAUCGUUCUGAAUGGAACGUUCACCGGGGGAUGGUUCGGAGCAUUUCCAGUUUUAUAAAAUUUGGUAAUCCAUCAUGGGCAGAUUCAACUUGGAAGUCUUACAAUAGUGAUAAAUCGAAAAAUAUUGUCAUGGCUAUUAGCAAUAUUUUUCAAAGUAGAAAAACAAAUGAGAGUAACUAUUUGCAUAAUUUUUGGAAAGGUAUACACGACUGCUAUUACUAUUACCAGUGUUCAUCGUUACAAACUAUUAACAUUGAGGCUGAUAACGUAAACUAAAAUUUAAUUAAUGAUUUACCUGCAGGCAGUAUAUCAGUCUAUUAUAGCCAAAUUAUAAU